AUGCCGCGCAGCCCAACAUCCAGCGAGGACGAGAUGGCCCAGAGCUUCUCCGACUAUUCCAUGGGCUCGGAGUCGGACAGCUCCAAAGAGGAGACCAUCUACGACACCAUCCGGGCCACGGCGGAGAAGCCGGCCAGUGCCAGGACGGAGGAGAGCCAGGGCCACACGCUGGUGAUCCGUAUUGUCAUCCAGGACCUGCAGCAGACGAAGUGCAUUCGAUUUAACCCGGACGCCACCGUGUGGGUGGCAAAGCAGCGGAUUCUGUGCACCUUAAACCAGAGCCUGAAAGAUGUCCUGAACUACGGGCUCUUCCAGCCGGCAAGCAACGGGCGCGACGGGAAGUUCCUGGACGAGGAGCGUCUGCUGCGCGAGUACCCGCAGCCCGAGGGCAGCGGCGUCCCUUCCCUGGAGUUUCGAUACAAGAAGCGGGUGUAUAAACAGUCCAAUCUCGACGAGAAGCAGUUGGCCAAGCUCCACACGAAGACCAAUCUGAAAAAAUGCAUGGAUCACAUUCAGCAUCAUUCGGUAGAGAAAAUCGUCAAGAUGCUGGAUCGAGGUCUGGACCCCAAUUUUCAUGACCCGGAGACUGGAGAGACCCCCCUGACCUCAGCCGCUCAGCUGGACGACUCCAUGGAGGUCAUCAAAGCUCUCAGAAAUGGUGGGGCUCACCUGGACUUCCGUGCUAAGGAUGGGAUGACUGCCCUGCACAAAGCCGCCCGAGCCAGGAACCAGGUUGCCCUGAAGACCCUCCUGGAGCUUGGAGCAUCCCCCGAUUACAAAGACAGCUAUGGCCUCACGCCCCUGUAUCACACCGCCAUUGUCGGGGGCGACCCCUACUGCUGCGAGCUACUCCUGCACGAACACGCCACCGUGUGCUGCAAAGACGAGAACGGCUGGCACGAGAUCCACCAGGCCUGCAGGUACGGACACGUGCAGCACCUGGAGCACCUGCUAUUCUAUGGGGCGGACAUGGGCGCGCAGAAUGCCUCGGGGAACACGGCCCUGCACAUCUGUGCCCUCUACAACCAGGACAGCUGUGCGAGAGUGCUGCUGUUUCGAGGCGGAAAUAAGGAAUUAAAAAAUUACAACAGCCAGACUCCAUUUCAGGUGGCGAUCAUAGCAGGCAACUUUGAACUGGCAGAAUACAUCAAGAACCACAAAGAAACAGACAUCGUGCCCUUCCGAGAGGCCCCGGCGUACUCCAACCGCAGGCGGCGGCCCCCCAACACGCUGGCCGCCCCCCGGAUCCUGCUGCGCUCCAACAGCGACAAUAACCUCAAUGCCAGCGCGCCCGACUGGGCCGUCUGCUCCGCGGCCUCCUCCCACCGCAGCCUGUCACCCCAGUUGCUGCAGCAGAUGCCCAGCAAGCCCGAUGGCACCGUGAAGACCAUCGCAAGCUACGUCCCUGGGCCCCGCAGCCGGUCCCCAUCGCUCAACAGGCUGGGUGGUACAGGCGAGGAUGGCAGGAGGCCCCAGCCACACUGGCACGGCGGGUCACCUUUCGCUCCUGGUGCCAACAAGGACUCGCUCGUGGCCUUGGAGUACCCGGGACCCAAGCGGAAGCUCUACAGCGCUGUGCCCGGGAGGCUUUUCGUCGUCGUCAAGCCAUACCAACCCCUAGUCGAUGGCGAGAUCCCCCUUCACCGUGGUGACAGGGUCAAAGUUCUGAGCAUUGGUGAAGGCGGCUUCUGGGAAGGCAGCGCCCGCGGCCUCAUCGGAUGGUUCCCGGCCGAGUGUGUGGAGGAGGUCCAGUGCAAGCCCAGGGACAGCCAGGCAGAAACCCGUGCAGACCGCAGCAAGAAACUCUUCAGGCACUACACGGUGGGCUCCUAUGACAGCUUUGAUGCUUCCAGCGACUGCCUCAUCGAGGAGAAGACGGUGGUCCUGCAGAAGAAGGACAAUGAAGGCUUCGGCUUCGUGCUCCGCGGGGCCAAAGCGGAUACGCCCAUUGAAGAAUUCACACCGACGCCGGCGUUCCCGGCCCUGCAGUACCUUGAGUCUGUGGAUGAAGGAGGAGUGGCGUGGCAAGCCGGCCUGAGGACUGGGGACUUCUUGAUUGAGGUAAACAAUGAAAACGUCGUCAAAGUCGGCCACCGGCAGGUGGUGAACAUGAUUCGCCAAGGAGGGAAUCACCUUGUCCUUAAGGUGGUCACGGUGACCAGGAAUCUGGACCCAGAUGACACCGCCAGGAAGAAAGCUCCCCCGCCUCCAAAGCGAGCGCCCACCACAGCCCUCACCCUGCGCUCCAAGUCCAUGACCUCGGAGCUGGAGGAGCUCGUGGAUAAAGCCUCGGUGCGGAAGAGGAAGGAUAAACCCGAAGAGAUCGUCCUGGCCUCCAAGCCCCCCCGGACUGCUGAGAACGUGGCCGUGGAGUCGAGAGUGGCCACCAUCAAGCAGCGGCCCACCAGCCGGUGCUUCGCGCCCGUCUCGGACAUGAAUUCUGUGUAUGAACGCCAAGGGAUUGCCGUGAUGACGCCCACCGUUCCUGGGAGCCCGAAAGGCCCAUUUCUGGGCCUCCCUCGAGGUACGAUGCGAAGGCAGAAGUCGAUAGACAGCAGAAUCUUUCUAUCAGGAAUAACAGAGGAAGAGCGGCAGUUUCUGGCUCCUCCGAUGCUGAAGUUCACCAGGAGCCUGUCCAUGCCGGACACCUCGGAGGACAUCCCGCCACCGCCGCAGUCUGUGCCCCCGUCUCCACCUCCACCUUCCCCCACGGCCUACAACUGCCCCAAGUCCCCAACCCCGAGAGUCUACGGGACGAUUAAGCCCGCGUUCAAUCAGAACUCCGCCGCCAAGGUGUCCCCGGCCACCAGAUCCGACACAGUGGCCACCGUGAUGAGAGAUAAGGGCAUGUACUACAGGAGGGAGCUGGACCGCUACUCGCUGGACUCCGACGACCUGUACAGUCGGAGCGUCGCCCCCCAGGCCCACCUCCGCAACAAGAGGGGCCAGAUGCCCGAAAACCCGUACUCGGAGGUGGGGAAGAUUGCCAGCAAGGCCGUCUACGUCCCUGCCAAGCCCGCCCGUCGGAAGGGCAUGCUGGUGAAGCAGUCCAACGUGGAGGACAGCCCCGAGAAGACGUGCUCCAUCCCCAUUCCCACCAUCAUCGUCAAGGAGCCGUCCACCAGCAGCAGCGGCAAAAGCAGCCAGGGCAGCAGCGUGGAGAUCGACCCCCAGGCCUCGGAGCAGCCGGGCCAGCUGCGGCCCGACGACAGCCUGACCGUCAGCAGCCCCUUUGCCGCUGCCAUCGCGGGGGCCGUCCGCGACCGGGAGAAGCGUCUGGAGGCCAGGAGGAACUCCCCGGCCUUCCUCUCCACAGACCUGGGGGACGAGGACGUGGGUCUGGGGCCACCCGCCCCCAGGAUGCAGCCCCCCACCUUCCCCGAGGAUGGCGGGUUUGGCGACGAGGAUGGCACGGAGCGGCUGUCGCCCCCUGCGCCAGGGGCGAUGCCCGGGGAGCCUGAGAACCAUUUCGUGGGUGGCGGUGAGGCCGGGAGGCCGCUGAAUUCCACAGCCCCAGCCAAGGGGCCCGAGAGCAGCCCGGGGGUGCCCCCCAAGAGCAGCAACGCGGCCGGCCCUGACAGUUACGUGCACCCACUCACGGGGCGGCCACUCGACCCCAGCUCCCCGCUGGCCCUGGCACUGUCCGCAAGGGAUCGAGCCAUGAAGGAGUCCCUGCAGGGACCCAAGGGGGAGGCCCCCAAGGCCGACCUCAACAAACCUCUUUACAUCGAUACCAAAAUGCGGCCCAGCGUGGACGCAGCCUUCGCCCCGGUGCCCAGGCAGAACACCCGGGGGCCCCUGCGGCGGCAGGAGACCGAGCACAAGUAUGAGGCCGAGCCGGGCAGGGACCGGAGAGGCGGCGACAAGAACAUGCUGACCCACGUCGUGGACGCGUCGCAGCAGCAGCCGGCCGGCCUGCUGAUGGUCCACACCGUGGAGGCCGGCCAGCCCGACGGGCGCCCGGAGGGAGGGGACGCGAAGGCGCACGUGGAGGCCGAGCCAGACCGCUCGCCGCCCGCGGUGCCAGAAGCUGCUUCCGAAACCGAAGGUGCUUUACAGGUCACCGCGGCCCCCGAGCCCGCCGCUGCUCCCGGCAGGACCGUCGUGGCGGCCGGUUCCCUGGAAGAGGCGGUGAUGUUGCCAUUCCGCAUCCCUCCUCCCCCUCUGGCAUCCGUGGAUCUGGAUGAGGAUUUUAUUUUUACAGAGCCAUUGCCUCCGCCCCUGGAAUUUGCAAACAGUUUUGAUAUCCCCGACGACCGCGCCGCUUCUGUCCCCGCGCUCACAGACGUGGGCAAGCAGAAAAGAAACGACGCCCCUCAGUCCCCUCCCCUGAACUCCAGCCAGCCACCCAACUCUGCAGACGGUAAGAAGCCAGCUGGCCUUUCAAACUGCCUGCCUGCCUCGUUCCUGCCGCCCCCCGAAAGCUUUGACGCUGUCGCCGACUCUGGGAUCGAGGAGGCGGACAGCCGGAGUAGCAGCGACCACCACCUGGAGACGACCAGCACGAUCUCCACAGUGUCCAGCAUCUCCACCCUGUCUUCCGAGGGCGGGGAGAACGUGGACACGUGCACAGUCUAUGCAGACGGCCAAGCGUUCCUGGUGGACAAACCCCCAGUACCUCCGAAGCCAAAAAUGAAGCCCGUGGUCCACAAGAGCAAUGCGCUUUAUCAAGACGCGCUGGUGGAGGAAGAUGCAGACACCUUCGUCAUCCCCCCGCCCGCUCCCCCGCCACCUCCGGGCGCUGCGCAGCCCGGGGUGGCCAAGGUCAUCCAGCCAAGGACCUCCAAGUUGUGGGGCGACAUCACGGAGGUCAAAAGCCCGAUGCUCUCAGGCCCAAAGGCGAACGUCAUUAGCGAAUUGAACUCAAUCCUGCAGCAAAUGAACCGAGAGAAAUCAGCAAAGCCGGGGGACGGACUGGAUUCAUCGACGGGAGCCAAGUCUGCCAGCCUCGUUCCAAGAAGCCCGGACAUCAUGAGCACCGUCUCAGGUACACGGAGCACGACGGUCACCUUCACUGUUCGCCCUGGCACCUCCCAGCCCAUCACCCUACAGAGCCGGCCUCCUGACUACGAAAGCAGGACCUCAGGGACCAGACGUGCCCCCAGCCCUGUGGUCUCACCAACAGAGCUGAGCAAAGAGAUCCUGCCUGCCCCUCCGUCCGCUGCCGCCGCAUCCCCUCCCACUCUCGCAGACGUCUUCAGCCUUCCCAGCCAGCCCCCUUCCGGGGACCUAUUUGGCUUGAACCCCGCGGGACGCAGCAGGUCGCCCUCUCCAUCAAUACUCCAACAGCCAAUCUCAAAUAAGCCUUUUACAACUAAACCUGUCCACCUGUGGACUAAGCCAGAUGUGGCAGAUUGGCUAGAAAGUCUGAACUUGGGUGAACAUAAGGAGACCUUCAUGGACAAUGAGAUCGACGGCAGUCACCUGCCAAACCUUCAGAAGGAGGACCUGAUAGACCUUGGGGUGACUCGAGUCGGGCACAGGAUGAACAUAGAAAGGGCUUUAAAGCAGCUGCUGGACAGAUAA